GAAUGGUGGGGUGGUUGAGAUUGGCAGGGACCUCUGGAAAUAGUCUAGUCCAACCCCAGUGCUCAGUAUUACCUACAGCAGAUUACUUUGUGGCAAUGUUCAAUUGUCCUUUGAAGAUUAAUCUGUAUUUACGUCAGUAUUUUAAAUUUGUUGACAGUUUGGGUAGUGAUGGCUCAGCUCCAGCAAGGAGGCCCAGAUGAAAAAGAGAAGACCACUGCAUUAAAGGAUUUAUUGUCUAGAAUAGACUUGGAUGAACUGAUGAAAAAAGAUGAGCCACCACUUGAAUUUCCUGAUACUCUGGAAGGAUUUGAGUACAUUUUUAAUGAAAAAGGGCAAUUAAGACAUAUAAAAACUGGGGAACCAUUUGUGUUUAAUUAUCGUGAAGAUUUGCACAGAUGGAACCAAAAGCGCUAUGAAGCUCUCGGAGAGAUCAUUACUAAAUAUGUGUAUGAACUACUGCAGAAGGAAUGCCACUUGAAGAAAGUAACUCUCCCAGUUGAUGCAACUGAGAGUGAACCAAAGAGCUUUAUCUUUAUGAGUGAAGAUGCACUAAUAAAUCCUGACAAGCUCCUGGUCCUAAUUCAUGGUAAUGGUGUUGUCAGAGCCGGUCAGUGGGCUAGGAGACUUAUAAUUAAUGAAGAUCUGGACAGUGGCACACAGAUACCAUAUAUAAAGAGAGCUAUUGGAGAAGGCUAUGGAGUAAUAGUUCUGAAUCCCAAUGAGAACUAUAUUGAAGUGGAGAAGACAAAAGCCCAAAUACAACUGUCUUCUGAUUGCUCAGAUGAACCUGCAGAAAAGAGGGAAAGAAAAGAUAAAAUCCAGAAGGAAACAAAGAAGCGACGUGACUUCUACGAAAAGUAUCGAAAUCCACAAAAAGAAAAAGAAACUAUGCAGAUCUAUAUUAGAGAUAAUGGAUCUCCUGAAGAACAUGCAAUUUAUGUUUGGGACCAUUUUAUUUCCCAGUCAGCUGCAGAAAAUGUGUUUUUUGUUGCUCACAGUUAUGGUGGACUUGCCUUUGUAGAGCUGAUGAUUCAACGAGAGGCAGAAGUAAAGAAUAAGGUAACUGCUGUGGCGUUGACAGACUCAGUUCACAAUGUGUGGCAUCAAGAAGUUGGAAAAACAAUUCGAGAGUGGAUGCGAGAGAACUGCUGUAAUUGGGUGUCCAGCUCUGAGCCCCUGGACACUUCAGUGGAGUCCAUGCUGCCAGAUUGCCCCCGUGUUUCUGCAGGUACAGAACGCCAUGAACUAACUUCCUGGAAGAGUUUUCCAUCUGUUUUCAAGUUCUUCAGCGAGGCUAUAAAGGCAAAAAACAGCUUGGUGAAACCAACCCCAAUGCGGCGUUCCAACAGGAUAAAAUAUGAAGAAUUCUAAAAGGAGGGGAGACAAAAAAAAAGCCACCACCACCAUCACCAAUGUCUUUGCUUCUUGUUUUCUGCAAGGAGUCUCCCAACCCUCAUUAGAUUGUUUUCUUCCUAGAGCACAGGGUCGUGAUGUAUACAUCUAAAUAGCGUUUUGCAUUAUUUCUAGAUGAGUGCAACUGUCAAAGCAAUAUGGGUUCACUGGUUGUGCUUCCUGUGGGCUGUAACUUGGAUUUCGUACUGCUCGUCAGUGUGCAGAUUAAGGCUGACAGUGGUACUGCACAGUGCAGCAUGGUGCAGCUCUAAUUGCCCUGACGUAGCCCUGCACUAAGCUGAUGCCAGAAUUUAGCAACUUCGUUGCAGUCCUAUCGCCUGCAGGAUUUUUUGUAGCUUCCUUCUAUUUUGAGACAGAACAAAACAGGAAUUACUCUUUUUUAAAAGACAGCUCUCUAACUCAGACAUGUUAACCAGCCUAUGAUUUUACACCCAGUAGCCUUCUCUUUCUCUGGGACCAAGUGGGAUUGACUUUUAACUCUUUCAUUUUUCUGUUGGUAAGAGUAUUCAGGAAGUUUCGUCCAGAAUUCUAGGAAAGCUCCACUGUUAUAUUUUUCUCCUGCCAGAUCAAUUAUCUGUAGAUCUUCUCUUCCCUUUGAAAGCUCCAUUU